AUGCCUCGGUGGUAUCGCAUCGCCAAGGAAAGCGCCGCCCAGACGACCAACUCGGGGGAUAAAGGGAGAAAGAAUUGGGGUCAGAGGUCGUGUUCUGAAGACAUUUGGUCUCGUCGACAAGAGCGCCCAUUGAUCUACAUUGCUGCGAGUGCAAAGCAGUGGUGGAAACAUUGCGGAGAGAAUCCCAUGGCCGCAGCUGCCAUCGCCCUCCCCCAGCGACGCUCGCCGUCGCCCUUGACGGUCCCAAGCCCACAUCGCCAAUCAAUCGUCCCGACGUCCCCGUCCAGCGCAGCUUCCUUCAAGACCGCCGCCGCUUCCCCGACGUCCUCAGUCCAUACAAUAACCAGCCCGACAACCAAGGACGGCGAGGCCAUUUUCACCGCAAUAUCAGCGGGCUCCACCGCCGACGUCCAUGUAGUGACAGUGACGAGAGACGACACAGUUGACAUCGUUGACGCCAGCCACACCCACCAGAAGUCAAUAUCAGGCUGUCUGCGUCGUCCGAGCAUAGACACCUCCCCCACGCAUGUAGGACCACCACCGCCCUCGCCGCCGGCCAGUGUCGAGGAGACAGGAGUUACAGAGUCGACGACGUCCCAGACAAUCUCGAAGCCGCGGAAUGGGUCAGUAUCGACAGUUACGGAAGGCUCUGGCAACCAGCAGCAACCGCGACGACCGUCGUCUCCAUCUUCUACAGCCCCUCAGGUGAACCGACCGACAAUAACUUCGUCGCCGUUGUCGAUGGCUGAGCCAUUACCGUUCAUGGCGGGGCAGUCCUCGAAAGCUGCUUUGUUGCAGCCUGCACCACCACCACCCCCUUCGUCUUUUUCCCAAAGCCAACGGCCGACACGGCGGAAUACGACCGGUUCCAGCGCUGCAUCACGUACAAAACGUUUCACAGGUCCGCACUCGAAAGGGCAUUCGUUUGCCUACGACGAUGCGUCUUAUCCAGACCCGGCGACGACGAUCGAGGGUGAGCUAGCCUCUGAUAUCGAGCACCAUGCGGACCAGAUCAGGCGGGAGCGGAUGUCCAAACGGUUCAAGCAGCAGCAGAAGGAGGCAGAGGAGGCGCUUACCCGACAAACGUCCAAAGGCUCCAAAGGAGACAAGGACGACGUCGACCGUCCGCUGGUUGGCAACCUCAUCGGAGAAGGCCAUGUCAACUAUGUCCUCAUGUAUAACAUGUUGACUGGUAUCCGGAUCGCUGUAUCACGAUGUCAAGCCAAGAUUAAACGACCUCUUACGGACCAAGACUUUGCUGCACGACACAAGUACUCAUUCGACAUUGUCGGUAACGAACUCACGCCCUCUGCUAAAUACGACUUCAAGUUCAAGGAUUACGCUCCCUGGGUCUUCCGCACGUUGCGAGAAGACCAUUUCGCCCUCGACCCCGCCGACUACCUCCUCUCCCUCACCGCCAAGUACAUCCUCUCCGAAUUGGGCUCUCCAGGCAAAUCUGGGUCGUUCUUCUACUUUUCGCGGGAUUAUCGGUUUAUCAUCAAGACCAUCCGCCAUUCGGAAGCCAAAUUCUUACUGAAGAUCCUCAAGCAGUAUUACGAUCACGUCCAAGAAAACCCUCAUACUCUUCUCAGCCGCUUCUAUGGUUUGCACCGAGUGAAGCUCCCUCAUGGACGGAAGAUCCAUUUCGUCAUCAUGAACAACCUUUUCCCACCUCACAAAGAUAUCCACGAGACGUUCGAUUUGAAGGGUAGCACGGUGGGGCGAGAGUAUCCGGAGGAUAAGGCGGCGCAGAAUCCCAGAGCGGUGUUGAAGGAUAUGAAUUGGAUUAAUAGGGGGAAGACGUUGGACUUUGGACCGGAGAAGCAGGCGUUCCUAAUCGAGCAGAUACGACGAGAUUCCGAAUUCCUCAAAGAGAUUUCGGUCAUGGACUACAGCUUGUUGGUCGGGAUUCAUAACAUGCAGAGAGGGAACAAGGACAAUGUGCGGAAAAACACAUUGAAAGUCUUCUCGCCUGACCUACCCGCUUCCCAACGUUCCAAGUCUUCCCAAACAAAGGGAGGGGCCAAGUCUCCAGAGGCUAUCGCAAUGCGGCGGAUAAUGAGGUCGUCGGAUCCGAAGAGCUUGGGCUUUGAUUCAUCGAUACACUUGCCGGAGAAGGAUAGUGGCGAGAAGCACGCCUUCCUCUUCUAUCAGGACGAAGGAGGAAUGAGGGCUACGGACGAGAACAAUGAGCCCCUGCCGAUGAUUUAUUACCUGGGGAUCAUCGAUAUCCUAACGCCAUACAGCAUGGUCAAGAAGGCUGAGAAUAUCUGGAAGGGCCUGAAGGAUGAUCGGCAUAAAAUUAGCCCUGUGCCUCCACCCGAAUAUGCCGAGCGAUUCUUUGCGUUCAUGAAGGCUAUCAUGCGUGGUGGCGAAGGGGGUGCCAAGUUUGUGUAG